GGGGCAAUAGGAUAUCAGCUCUUUCGGGCUUCGGCUGCUACAAGCAUGCUUGUUUCUAUCUGUGAAGCGCUGUAAAGACUGGAAGAACCAGUUCCUCUUUCACUAGUUAUUUACAAUUACAAUCACUAUUCACUAAAAGUCACAUCCCUGUUUUUUCACUUUGUUAUUUCUUUCUUGUCUAAAUAAUUGCAAGAGGUUCUAGUACUAGAAAAAAAUAUAAAAUGGGCGAAGUGAAUAAAGUCAGCCCAAUCAAAAAUUUUUUUGCCGGUGGUUUUGGCGGUAUUUGUACCAUAUUUGUUGGCCACCCGUUUGAUACUUUAAAGGUUCGACUUCAAACAAUGCCUAUCAUACCUGGACAGGCUCCUCUGUAUAGUGGAACAUGGGACUGCUUGACAAAAACAAUCAAGCAUGAAGGAUUUCGAGGUCUCUAUAAAGGUAUGGCUGCCCCAAUUACUGGAGUUGCACCUAUUUUUGCCAUAAGUUUUCUAGGCUUUGGAAUUGGAAAAAAGCUUCAACAAAGCCAUCCCAAUGAAAGGCUAUCAUUACUCCAGCUUUUUAAUGCAGGAGCAUUUUCUGCAAUUGGCACAACAAUCAUCAUGGCUCCUGGUGAGAGAAUUAAAUGUCUUCUUCAGGUUCAACAAGCCAGUACUGGCCCUGCAAAGUAUGCAGGACCAAUUGACUGUAUUCGGCAGUUAUAUAAACAAGGAGGUAUACGGAGUAUCUAUCGAGGAACAGGAGCUACACUGCUCAGAGAUGUUCCAGCCAGCGGGAUCUAUUUUAUGACCUAUGAAUGGCUCCAGGUUGCACUUGCACCAGAAAACUCCGACGGGAAAUUAAGCCCAAUUCGGACAAUGUUUGCCGGUGGAAUGGCAGGAAUCGCCAACUGGAUUAUUGCCAUCCCACCGGAUGUACUGAAGAGUAGACUACAAACAGCUCCCGAAGGAACGUAUCCUAAUGGAGUGCGUGACGUCUUUAAAGUGUUGAUGCGCGAAGAAGGUGUUCGAGCUCUCUAUAGAGGAGCAGUUCCAGUGUUUCUUAGAGCCUUCCCUGCAAAUGCCGUUUGCUUCUUAGGAUUUGAAAUGGCUUUGAAGUUUUUGAACUGGUUAGCUCCUUCUAUCUAAUUGCGGAGCACUGAUAUUGUUCCAAGUAGAUAUUAUCAAGAAAUAUGCACACUCCAGUAUGACUAAAUACAAUAUAGUUUUCUGUAA